UCCAGCCGCUCACCGCUUGAAGAAAAGCCACUCCUGCGUUCCCCUUCCCUACCUCCUAUCCUUUGCCCUGGAGCUGUCUUCAUCGCAGUCACGCCCCUUCCUUCUGAGUCUGUCUUGCCUCCUACCGUCCGCUGCUCCGCCCUCUGGCCCGGUAUCCUGCCUGUCCACCGCCACCAAGAAGAGCCCGUAGAGAGCAGCGAGGAGAGGAGCAGCCGGGAGUUGGGGCUUCCCCCCAGCUCAUCCCUGGCCUUUGGCCCAGGAACGAAGCCACUCGAACCAGACUCGUCAGCUUGUCUUCGUUGCUUUCAGGGAGCUGCUGUGAAGGACAAAUAAAAUAACAGAAGUGAAAGAUAUUUUGUCUUAGAAGAAAGACUGAGAAAGUAAAGAGUGACCACUGGUUGGACUUUGGCGGCACCUAACGUGAACCUGAGUGUUAGGGGAGAGGUAAUCUGCUGUUGCGGUUUCUGGAGCUGCUCAUAAGCAAGAAUUCCCUAUCCUGAUCAAGGCUUUACGCCUAAAAGAAAGCAGAAAUAGGUCAAGGGCAGCCCAGGUGCCCAAUUUCUCUCUCUCUACACAAGGCACCACCAGCAAUAGAGAUGAGAAAUUCUGAAGAACAGCCAAGUGGAGGAACCACAGUGUUGCAGCGCCUGCUACAAGAGCAGCUUCGCUAUGGCAAUCCUAGUGAGAAUCGCAACCUGCUUGCCAUACACCAGCAAGCCACAGGGAAUGGCCCUCCUUUCCCCAGUGGCAGUGGGAAUCCAUGUCCUCAGAAUGAUGUGUUGAGUUCCCAGGAUCACCACCAACAGCUUGUGGCACAUCCUGCUAGACAAGAACCCCAGGGGCAGGAAAUCCAGUCAGAAAACAUUAUCAUGGAGAAGCAGCUUUCCCCUCGGAUGCAAAAUAAUGAAGAACUCCCGACCUAUGAAGAAGCCAAAGUCCAGUCCCAGUACUUUCGUGGCCAACAGCAUGCCAGUGUUGGAGCUGCUUUUUAUGUCACUGGAGUCACCAACCAGAAAAUGAGGACUGAGGGACGCCCCUCAGUUCAGCGGCUUCAUCCUGGGAAGAUGCACCAAGAUGAAGGACUCAGAGACCUUAAGCAAGGACAUGUCCGCUCUUUGAGUGAACGACUAAUGCAGAUGUCUCUGGCCACCAGUGGAGUUAAGGCCCAUCCACCUGUCACCAGCACUCCCCUUUCCCCACCACAACCCAAUGACAUCUACAAGAGUCCCACAAGUUCCAGUGAUUUCUACAAGGCUCAAGCACUGACUCCAAGCCAGCAUAGCAUGAAGGGCAUGGAACACCGAGGCCCCCCACCAGAGUAUCCCUUCAAGGGUAUGCCACCCCAGUCUGUAGUGUGCAAGCCCCAAGAGCCAGGGCACUUCUAUAGCGAGCAUCGUUUGAACCAGCCAGGGCGAACAGAGGGGCAACUGAUGAGGUAUCAGCAUCCCCCUGAGUAUGGAGCAACCAGGACAAUACAGGACAUCUCGUUGCCGCUGUCAGCCAGGAACUCUCAGCCUCACAGCCCUACUUCUUCCCUCACAUCUGGGGGUUCCUUGUCCUUGCUGCAGUCUCCACCAUCCACUAGAUUAUCUCCUGCCCAACAUCCAUCGGCUCCAAACCAAGGAGACCACUCAGCUCACCUACCUAAGCCACAGCAACAUUUCCUUCCUAAUCAGGCUCACCAGGGUGAUCAUUACCGCCUCGCCCAGCCAGGCCUGAGUCAGCAGCAGCAGCAACAGCAGCAACACCACCACCACCAUCACCAGCAGCAGCCAGCAGAAGCCUAUUCAGCUAUGCCUAGGGCUCAGCAGUCUUCUGCUUCUUAUCAGCCAAUGCCAGCAGACCCUUUUGCCAUUGUUUCCAGAGCCCAGCAGAUGGUUGAGAUCCUCUCAGAUGAGAACCGGAACUUGCGUCAGGAGUUGGAAGGAUGCUAUGAAAAGGUGGCAAGACUGCAGAAGGUGGAGACAGAAAUCCAGCAUGUCUCAGAGGCAUAUGAGAAUCUUGUAAAGUCAUCCUCCAAAAGAGAAGCUCUGGAGAAAGCCAUGAGAAACAAGCUUGAGGGGGAGAUUCGGAGAAUGCAUGACUUCAACAGGGACCUGAGAGAGCGUCUGGAGACUGCCAACAAGCAGCUUGCAGAGAAGGAAUAUGAGGGGACAGAGGAUACCAGAAAAACCAUCUCUCAUCUUUUUGCAAAAAAUAAGGAAAGCCAGCGGGAGAAGGAGAAGCUUGAAGCAGAGCUGGCCACUGCUCGCUCUACCAACGAGGACCAAAGGCGGCACAUCGAAAUCCGAGACCAGGCCCUAAGUAACGCCCAGGCCAAGGUGAUAAAGCUUGAGGAAGAGCUGAAAAAGAAGCAGGUAUAUGUAGAUAAGGUGGAGAAGAUGCAGCAGGCCCUUGUACAGCUCCAGGCAGCAUGUGAAAAACGUGAGCAGCUGGAGCACCGUCUCCGGACACGGCUAGAGAGAGAACUGGAAUCCCUCAGAAUUCAACAGCGCCAAGGCAACUCUCAGCCCACCAGUAUUUCGGAAUACAAUGCUGCUGCACUGAUGGAGCUCCUUCGUGAAAAGGAGGAGAGAAUCCUGGCCUUGGAAGCUGAUAUGACUAAGUGGGAGCAGAAGUAUUUAGAGGAGAACGUGAUGAGACAUUUUGCUCUGGAUGCUGCUGCAACUGUAGCUGCUCAGAGGGACACAACCGUCAUCAGUCACUCUCCUAACACCAGCUAUGACACAGCUCUAGAAGCUCGCAUUCAGAAGGAGGAGGAAGAAAUCUUGAUGGCCAACAAGCGUUGCCUUGAUAUGGAGGGCAGGAUUAAGACCCUCCAUGCCCAGAUUAUUGAGAAGGAUGCCAUGAUCAAGGUACUCCAGCAGCGUUCCCGGAAGGAGCCUAGUAAGACGGAGCAGCUGUCAUCCAUGCGGCCAGCAAAGUCUCUGAUGUCCAUUUCCAAUGCUGGAUCUGGCUUGCUCUCCCACUCUUCCACCCUGACUGGCACCCCUAUCAUGGAAGAGAAACGGGAUGACAAGAGCUGGAAGGGGAGCCUAGGCAUUCUCCUGGGUGGAGACUACCGUGCAGACUCUGUCCCUUCUACACCUUCGCCCGUGCCGCCCUCGACUCCCUUGCUCUCAGCUCACUCUAAGACAGGCAGCCGAGAUUGCAGCACCCAAACAGAACGAGGAAUUGAACCAAACAAAACUUCAGCUGUUACUUCCAUCUCCAUUCCUGCUACAGUUGCCACUGCCGCUGCCAUCACUGCUAAUGCUGCUACCAACACCACCACGGUAGCUGCUGCUCCAGUGGCUGUUGCUGCUGCUGCCACUGCUGUCCCAUCUUCAGCAACUGCUGCUGCUGCUGCUCUUGCUGCUGCUGUUUCUCCAGCUGCCGCUGUUUCUCCAGCUGCCGCUGUUCAGAUUCCACCUGUUGCUGCUACUGUUGUUGCUCCUACUGUUGCCACUGCCGCUGUUCAGGUUGCUCCAGCUGCUCCAGCUCCGGUUCCAGCUCUGGUUCUGACUCCAACAGUGGCUCAGGCUUCUGCUCAGGCUCAGAUUCAGAUACCAACCCCAUCUCUGGCUGCACCUGCUAAUCCAGCUCCAGCUCCAGCUUUGGUUCAGGCUGAGGCUCCUACAACUCCGGCUGCUGCUUGUGGACCACGGCCUUUGUCUAUACCAAAUUUGAUGUGUAAUCCAGAUAAGACAGAUGGUCCCGUUUUCCACUCCAGUACUCUGGAAAGAAAAGCUGCUGUUCAGAUCCUGGGUCAAGAGCCUGAUGCAGAAAUGGUGGAAUAUCUCAUCUAAAUGGCCUAAUCAAGAGCUGCAAUUUAUUAGCAAGAAUGAUUUUAAUCAUUUUUUCCCAUUUGUUGUUCUUAUUUUGAGGGUGAGGACAAGGGUUGGGGGAAUGUUUUUAAAGGGACUUUUUAUUGAGACAUUAUAAUACUUAUGAACUCCAACUCUUUUGGUACAUUUAGAGAGUACCUCUAAAGACAGAUUAAUCAGAAUGUGCUCUAGAGAUUGUCACUUGGAUUCAUACAAAUACUGGGAUAUUAAUAGCUGGAUACACCAAAUGUGUUUGAUGUGCUUAAACUUGUUUAUCUUUUUCAUAUUCCAGAUAUUUUUUUUCUUGAAGAGCACAGUAGGUUUGGAAGACAGUAUGUAUCAUGUAGUUCAGAAGUGGAAAGCCAGAGAAAAUUUGACUGUGUGCUGUUUUGUAGAGUUACCAUCUAGACGACAUCCAGAGAGAGUUCUUACUUCAGUGUCAUGAAAGGGAAUAGUUUUGGGAGCCAUGUAAACUGGAAGAAAGGCAGGGAGUAUUGGGGUGUGGAAGGGUGCUAGAGCUAAUUUUCCCUUCCAAUUUUUCAGCUACCCUGUGCCAAGGGACUGUUUUUAUCUUCAUUUCAGUGGUGCUUUGGAAGUAGAUUCUUUUGGUUCCCUCUGAGAGGUUCACAUAUUCAUAUAUAUAUAUACACUCUGGAGUAAUUUAUGCACUUGGGUAAUUAAUAUAUUGCUUUCAGCUGCUAGGAUAGUAAAUUAGCUGAAACUUACUCUCUUAGAAGCCUUGAUAGAGAAUUAUGUGAGGGGCUUGCUAUAUGUAGACCUCUGUGGUCUGUGUCUAGCCAUGAAUAGCUUGCUUGCCUUUCCUAAGACCAGCCUACUUAAUGUCUGUUUUUUCUUUAGCACAAAUUCACUGGUUGUAUCACCAGUCUCAAAUUGCCAAUCAUUUGCCAAAUGAGGAGGCAUUUUUGGUGACAGGUUGAAUGCUUUGAAUUUCUGGUGACUAUUUUGAAAUAACUCAUUUUGUUUUCCUAAAUUCUUAGGCAUAUUUGACUAUCACCUCCAAGGGAAUAGCAUCAGAAGUCCAAAGUACUAUGCUGCAGUGGAAGAGAGGUGGGAUGCAGCAGUAUCCUCAGCUACCUCUUCUCAUGGCCAGUGACUCCAUCUUGAAAUACUUGUGUAGAGCAGCAGGAGAUGCACAUGUAGACAGGGACCAAGGAGGUCAUGGCUCCAAGCUUGGCCUAAGGGUUGCCUUCAGGGACACAGAAGGGCUGACUCUUGCCACAGGCCCUGCUCUGUGUCAUUUAUCCUUCAUUAAGAUAAAUUCACAGUCAAUGUCAAUAUUGGUUUUCAAGGGGU